UCAGCACGUGCCGCUGUGACGUGAGCGAAUGAAUCCGGUUUGCCCAUGCGUUCACCCGCCGUGAGAAGUCUAGUGAGAAUCUAGUGUGUCAGUAAGAAAACGAACAGUCUUUGGCACGAUUGCCAUCGCAGAAAAGACGAGCAAAUAUUGCCGGUGUCGGCCCACGUGCACCGUGUUUUGACGGUCGGGGUGAGCGAUGAACCGCAUCACCGAGCGGGCGCGUUGCUCGCGCGCGGCGCAAUAAAGGCGGUUCUUCGGAGAAGGCAGCGAAUAUCUCGGAGAAGGAGGCAUCGUGCUUACGUUGGGACCACUAAGGAGAGGGUCAUUUCUACGGCGUCGCUGGUGCACGCCUCUUUCAUUUCGAAGCGGUACUACGGCAUUACUGCCAAGCUGAGAAGGGCGUCGCGCUGCGGCUCGGCUAUCGCCGUUUGACAUGAUUUCGUCGCUAAGCUACGCUGGAGUUUUUUCGGCAUUGGUUGCUAUCACUUACUCAGUUGACAUCAAGGGUUUCUGCCAUAAUGAGGCGCACGAUUGUGUUUGUGGUUCCACUGGGACAACAGUGAAAGUCAAAGUAGACGGGUGCAGCUACGUCCGCCGCUUCGAAUUUCGCUGCCGACCUUGCGACAGGGACUCUUUCAACAAAGUCUGCCCAAACUAUGGCUAUUGUCAGACGUGUGUCGAAGGUCUAAAUGCAUGCGAAACCUGCCCGCCCGGAAAGUACGGUGUCUGGUGCACGUCGGUCUGCAACUGUCAGAAUGGAGGAGUCUGCGACAAGGACACAGGUCAUUGCCGGUGUCUCCCAGGAUUCUCGGGCGCUCUUUGUGAAAUCAGAGAUGGAUGCACUCCUCCGGCUCAUCAGCAAGGUGUCUUGGCUACCAUGGCGCCAGCAAACCUGCCAAAGAUUAUUCAUUACAACUGCCCAACUGGUUUCAAGAGGAUCGGCGCUGGCACCAUCAACUGCCAAAACGAUGGCUCCUGGAAUGGAGCGCCACCCUAUUGUGAGAGGCAAGUGCCGUGCCCUCCGUUACCCGACGUGGCCCGGAGCGUUGCUCAGGUGCAUGGCGCCGCGACCAGCGUGCGGGAGAUUCAGUACAACGGCACCACCGUGACCUACUCAUGCACCGACGGAUACGAAAUUGUCGGCGCAAAGUCACUGGAGUGCACCCAGGUGGGCGUCUGGGCGGAGCCUCCGCCAUCCUGCCUUAAAGUUUCCGAAACAGAGGUGACUUGCUCAACUAAAGCCAACGAGAUCUUAUCUGACGAUAGCGACACGGCGGUGAGGGUCCACUGUCCUCCCGGCUGCGGCCUGGUGUCCGGUUCAGUGAUCGGUUCUUACCAGUACCACGUGCUGUCCUCGCUCUGCCGCGCGGCCGUGCACGCUGGCCGGCUGAACAACGCCGGCGGCGCGGUGCACGUGCGUGCCACGGGCGCGUACGCGGACUUCGUCUCCUCCACGGCGCACGGCGUGUCUACAGCCAAUUACUCAACUCUUGGAGCCAGUUUCAAAUUUGUUACUGUGGACGACUCACAGUGGAGGAUUCCUGAAGAAGGCUGUCCACCCAAGUGGAGAGAUUCCGGCAGUUUUUGUUUUUACUCGGCCGGAAAAAGCCGAUCUCAGACAAGAGCGAGAAACUUUUGCCGCAAUCUGGGAAGCAAAGUUGUAGCUCUUCGUGGAGAUAACACUACGAGGAACCUUGCUGCCGAAUUCAUGGCGGCUAACGGAAUCGUGGAAACAUGGCUUUCAGAGCUUCGAGUCCCGGCAAACAACGAUACACCUGGAGACAGUUGCAUGGCUCUAAGCGUCGUUAAUCCCAGUCAGCCCGAAGUCGUUACAAGGCCGUGCAAUCUCAGUCUUCCUGUCAUAUGCUUUGCGCUCAAGACCUUAAAGCUAGUCCAGUGCGAGGACCCAGGCCCAGUUAAGGGUGGCUCGGCGUUGGUGGAGAAGACUUCGCACGGUCGCUUCCUGGACGGCAGCCGCAUAUCCUACUACUGUAAGGAACUGCACUACCUCAGCGGAGAGGGAACGCUCACGUGCACCGCCAACGGCACCUGGAGCGCCCAGAAGCCUCGUUGCAUCCCCGUGGUUACCUGUGGAGAGCCGGAAGUUCCAAGUCACGGGACCAUCCGCCUGCUUCCCCCGAUACGUGGGGGUGAUCCUCGGCGCGGACCAGUGCGCGGGCAUGCGCGGGCGUCCGUGCCGAUACGGCUGCAGCGUCCUCUCAGCCUCAGCUCCACGGCGUACGAUGGGAACGACACGAGGGCGGCAGAGGAAGUGAACCUGGUGCUGCCCCCAGGACACCACCGUGUCGGAUCCCGCGCCGAGUACGCCUGCCUGCCGCAGUACGAGAUGGCUGGUUCCACGGUGCGGCGGUGCCUGUCGUCAGGACAGUGGAGCGGUUUACCGGCCACCUGUAUUCCCGUGUGCGGCCGGUCGGACUCCCCACGCAGUCCCCUCAUCUACAACGGAAACGCAUCAGACGUGGGUCAGUGGCCGUGGCAGGCUGCGCUGAGCGUGCGCAACCCCUCGUCCAACGGCAGUGCCGUCGAAUGGGUGCUCAACUGCGGCGGCAGCCUGCUCUCGGAGACCUGGGUGGUGACCGCAGCCCACUGCGUCACGUAUGAGGCCUCGCGCGUCGUCAUACCGCGCGACAUAUUGCGCGUGGCGCUGGGCAAGCACUUCCGCAGCGACAGCAAAGACGACGCCCACGUCCAAAUGCGCCAGGUUGCAGAGAUCCACGUGAACUUUGAUUACGAUCCCACCUCGUACGACAAUGACAUCGCGCUGCUGCAACUGGAGCAGGCCGUGGAGCUGACGCCUCGCGUGAGGCCCGUCUGUCUGCCCACGGACCGAUCGGCCAGGGUCCACCUACAGGAAGGAAAACUGGGAGUGGCGACCGGCUGGGGCCUUACAGAGAGCGGCGACUACGCAGACGUGCUGAGCGAGGCCGUGCUGCCCGUGGUGGCGAACGAGAAGUGCCAGGAAGCGUACGAGCGUGCGGGCGUGCCGCUCACAGUGUCCGAGGCCAUGUUCUGCGCGGGCCACGCCAACGCCACGUCGGACGCGUGUAGCGGUGACUCGGGUGGCCCCAUGGUGUUCAUCGACGACUCCGUCACCACCGAGCGACGCUGGAUCCUCGAGGGCGUCGUCAGCUGGGGCAGCCCAUCCGGGUGUGCGGUGGCCAACCAGUACGGCGGAUUCACCAGGGUCUUCGCCUUCCUUCCCUGGAUCAAGCAGUUCGUCUGAACGCCAGCCCCGUUUCGGCUGGCCCGGACGAAGCAUGUGUCGGAGACGCUGCAUGGGACAGCUUUGAGCGCGCAAGCAAAUUUUGUUCGCUGUCUCCCAACGGAUUGUAUCCAGUGGACCCGGACUGACAAUAGACUGAUUCGUUUUUUACUUGCGAUGUCCGAAUGACGAUGGAAUUCACUUUUCUUUUUUCUUUUUUACUCCUUUCUUUAUUUUCGCUUCGGCAUCCGCACGCAAAAGCCUCGAACCUUUGCUUAGUUACCGAGUUGCAGUAACGCAAUUGUCCCACCAUGCUUUGUUAUUCUUAUGGCGUCUGACCUUGAGUUGCGCUCAAAACAGAGAUGUGGGAGCUGCAUAUUUUGCUCGGUGAAACAACCAGAAAAGAUUUUUGGAUUUUCCGACAUGAAAAUAGAGCAGUGGCUUCAUGGACUUGCGGCAAGAAGAUACUUUGCUCGUGCUUGAAAACGGUAGGCGUGCAGACACGGACAAGAGUAGAGAGAAACGGUCAACGCAAACGUGUUUCCUUCUACUUGUGGCCGUGUCUGUACGUCUACUUUUCUUUCUUUAAAUGAAUUUCUACGACUGUCAAUCUAAACUUCAAUACCUGGUUCGGAGCGAAGUGCACCUUCUAUUAAUUUGACCACUCCAUCCCCCCCCCCCAAAAAAAAAUGAGAACGAACAAAUAAACAAAAACAAACUCUAGUUUUAAGGUGCCUAUGUUCCUGCCAAGGGACGGGUAGGUGUUGGUACACAAAUUUAUCAAAGCACUCGCGCAAUACUUUGACGAGAGAUAAUCGCAACUGCACACGUUAAGUUGUAAAGGUAGCAGUAUUGUUGCCCAAGGUUUGCAGAAAUUUACUUGUGCCGUCCUGAGAAUGUUCAUGUGCCACUCGAGGCAUUUAUAUGCCUAGAAGCUCUUCUGCUUUUUACACUAAGUCACUUUUAUAAAUUAAGUCAUUUUAAACCAAACAGGUUAUUUCGAUGAAAUAUAGGGGAAAACAAGGUCACCCAGAUUCUGAACGUGCAUACAAGUUUCUGUAUAUUUUUAUUCACACGCUGUCCAAUUUUGAUCUGACACGAAUUGUGCCUGGCGGCGUAAUGCAUUCUGCUAGGCAUAAAAAAGGUUCCUUCACUCGCAAGCGUCCUGCAUACGCCAAAUGCAUGAGACACAACUACGCGGAUAGUAAAUCGCCCUUAAGAGAAAAUAAACUUAAAUGUCCUAAAAUGUUGAGUUUCUUAAAAAAGUGUCUUUGAAAUAAACUACAGUGUGAACUGUU